ACAUAUAUAUAUAAAAUAUAUAUAUAUAUAUAUCCCGAUCACGUACACCACACCGCACCGCACCGCACCUAGAUUUUCCUCUAAGUUGGAAGAAAAUACGCAGUUGUUUUAUGCUGCGUUUCAAACCCUAAUUUAGUAUCAGCUGGCGAGAUUAAUCUGCUGUACUCUGAAGAAGAAGAACAAGAUCUCAGUGAGGGGCAGGCAGUGAGAGAUGGCUGCUCCGCAAAAUAAUAAUAACAAUGUCGAGAUGGAAGCAGCGAAGUUCUUACAUAAGCUUAUUCAGGAGUCCACUGAUGAGCCCACUAAGUUGGCUACUAAAUUGCAUGUGAUUUUGCAACACAUGAGAUCCAGUGGAAAGGAAAAUUCAAUGCCCUAUCAAGUUAUAUCAAGGGCCAUGGAGACAGUUAUAAAUCGACACGGACUUGAUAUGGAGGCUCUAAUCUCAUCACGCCCACCUCUGACCAGUGGUAGUCAAGCCGGGGACUCAUCUUUUUCCCAAAUUGCAGGCACUUCACAGCAAAUUGCAGUGGAAGAUAAUUCCCAAAAAACAUUGAAUCCUGAACAACCAGUGAAAGUUGCAGCGUUUUCAGGCAAACUCCUUCAUGGUUCCAACAGUGCAGGACAUGACAGCUAUCAAGGAUCUGCAAAUCAACUUAACUCUAUCAAGAGUCAUGGAUCAAAUACAGGCUUUUCUGGUUCAUAUGAAUCACUGGAUGUUGGGAACCCAAGAUCUAUGCAGUUCAGCAAUUUGUAUGAUAACCAGAGUGCUGCAACAUUGAUGCAUAAAGGCCCAGGUGGAAAGGCAUUGGAUCAUGAAACCGGCUUUCAAAAUGUGAUGUCAAGUACAAGCAAGCCAGUUCAGGGAGGUAUCUAUAGCAACAUUGCUGCAUUGGGACUACUUCAAAAUGAAUCUUCUAGAGAUAUUGGAAAAUCAUUCGCUUCACAGGGAUCUCUUGCUGGAUCUUCCAUGCCUUUCAAGGAACAUCAUUUGAAACAGCUCAGAGCUCAGUGCCUUGUAUUCUUGGCAUUCAGGAAUAGUUUAAUGCCAAAAAAGUUGCAUCUUGAGAUUGCAUUGGGGAAUGUAUUUCCCAAAGAAGAUUUAUCGAGCAAAGAAUACACUGAUCAAAAGGGAAAAGAUCCAUCACUUGGUCCUGGCUCCUCGAGCAGUGGGUUUCUUUCAGAAACAAACCUUUCAAAAGAAGGUGAGAAGCUUGACAGGAUGAUAGACAAAAAUGAUCCACUUUCUGGUCUUCAUGAACAUAGUAUAAUUCCAAGGAAGUUCGAGGCAAACAUGCAAGCAUUUGAAGCAAAAGAAGCACAAACCUCAACUAAAGCAGCAAUAGAUCCUACUAACAUUGCAGGUCUUUUUGAUAUACAUGAUAGCCAAGGAAAUCGGCAUAGCCAGAGUCUUUUGUCAAGUGUCCCUCUGAGAGAAGGCUGGAAAUCUCAUUCAGGAAUGGAAGGUGAUAGGCACAUGAUCAUCCCGAAGAAUGCUAAUAUUUUGGAAAAGGAUGUAAUGCUUGGGGCUGGUCAUGAGGGGGAAGAUACUUCUGAACUUUGUGCUUUACCGGCAUCACCAAAAUAUACUACGUCUGAAAAGUGGAUUACAGAUUGCCAAAAGAGAAAAGUUUCCGCUGAUUAUAACUGGGCUGUCAAAAAGAAGAAAACAGAACAAAAGAUCUCAGCUUGUGUUGAGAAGCUAAAGGAAACAGUUAGCUCUUCUGAAGACAUUUCUGCUAAAACCAAGAGUGUCAUCGAAUUAAAAAAGCUUGAACUCCUAAAUCUUCAGCGUCGCCUCCGGAAUGAGAUCCUGAAUGAUUUUUUUAGACCUACAUCUGCUGAGAUGGAUCGUGUGAAAUCAAUUAAGAAACAUAGGAUAGGCCGACGAUCAAAACAACUUGAGAGGCAUGAGCAGAAGAUGAAGGAGGAGCGUCAAAAGAGAAUUCGAGAAAGACAGAAAGAUUUUUUUGGUGAGCUGGAACAGCAUAGGGAAAGACUGGAAGAUGUGUUUAAAUUUAGGAGAGAACGGUUAAAAGGCUUUAACAAGUAUGCAAGAGAGUUCCAUAAAAGAAAGGAAAGACUUCAUCGGGAGAAGAUUGAUCGAAUUCAGAGGGAAAAGAUUAACCUUCUAAAAAUCAAUGAUGUGGAGGGUUAUCUUCGAAUGGUGCAGGACGCAAAGUCAGAUCGUGUGAAGCAAUUAUUGAAAGAGACUGAGAAGUAUCUCCAGAAGCUGGGAACUAAGCUGAAAGAGGCAAAAGUUAUCAGCAGAUGUUUUGAGCCGGAUAUGGGUGUAAAUGAUGGUAGUGAAUUUAUUAUCGAGAAUGAAGAUGAAACUGAUCAGGCAAAGCAUUACAUGGAGAGUAAUGAAAAGUACUAUCUGAUGGCUCAUAGUAUUAAAGAGACUGUAGCAGAGCAGCCAACAAGUCUUGUUGGUGGAAAAUUGCGAGAGUACCAGAUGAAUGGUUUGCGGUGGUUACUCUCACUGUACAACAAUCAUUUGAAUGGAAUUCUUGCAGAUGAAAUGGGCCUGGGAAAAACUGUUCAGGUUAUUUCUCUACUCUGCUACCUAAUGGAAAAUAAAAAUGAUAGAGGGCCCUUUUUGGUGGUUGUGCCAUCCUCAGUUCUGCCUGGCUGGGAGUCAGAAAUUAACUUUUGGGCGCCAAGUAUCAACAAAAUUGUCUACUCUGGCCCCCCUGAAGAGCGCCGAAAGCUAUUUAAGGAGAGAAUUGUUCAGCAAAAAUUCAAUGUUCUGUUGACAACGUACGAGUAUCUCAUGAACAAGCAUGAUCGACCAAAACUGAGUAAAAUACACUGGCAUUAUGUUAUAAUUGAUGAAGGACAUCGUAUAAAGAAUGCGUCUUGCAAAUUAAAUGCUGAUUUAAAGCAUUAUCAUAGUUCUCAUAGAUUGCUUUUGACCGGAACUCCUUUGCAGAACAAUCUUGAGGAACUGUGGGCACUCCUUAACUUUUUGUUACCAAAUAUUUUUAAUUCGUCAGAGGAUUUUUCUCAGUGGUUUAACAAACCAUUUGAAAGUAAUGCAGAUAACUCCCUUGAAGAAGCUUUGCUCUCUGAGGAAGAGAAUCUGUUAAUCAUAAAUCGUCUUCACCAAGUGCUUCGGCCGUUUGUGCUUAGAAGACUAAAACACAAGGUUGAGAAUGAGUUACCCGAAAAGAUAGAAAGACUCGUGAGAUGUGAGGCUUCUGCAUAUCAAAAGCUUUUGAUGCAGAGGGUAGAAGACAAUCUUGGUGCAUUUGGUGCUUCAAAGUCUCGAGCAGUGCACAAUUCCGUCGUUGAACUACGAAAUAUAUGCAAUCAUCCUUAUAUCAGCCAGCUUCAUACUGAAGAGGUUCAUGAUUUCGUUCCCAAGCAUUAUCUUCCUAAUAUCAUAAGGUUUUGUGGCAAGCUUGAGAUGUUAGAUCGAUUACUGCCCAAGCUAAAAGCUACAGAUCAUCGGAUUCUUCUCUUUUCAACGAUGACUAGGCUGCUUGAUGUCAUGGAGGAUUAUUUGUACUGGAAAAAAUACAAGUACCUUCGCUUAGAUGGGCAUACAUCUGGUGGUGAUCGUGGGGCCCUGAUUGAUCAGUUUAACAAACCCGGAUCUCCUUUUUUUAUAUUCCUGCUCAGUAUCCGUGCGGGAGGCGUUGGAGUUAAUCUUCAAGCUGCCGAUACAGUCAUCAUUUUUGACACAGAUUGGAAUCCACAGGUUGAUCUGCAAGCACAAGCUAGAGCUCACAGGAUAGGUCAGAAGAAGGAUGUACUCGUUCUGCGGUUAGAAACUGUUAAAACGGUGGAGGAACAAGUUAGAGCGUCAGCUGAGCACAAACUUGGAGUUGCUAACCAGAGCAUUACUGCUGGUUUUUUUGACAAUAACACAAGUGCCGAAGACCGAAGAGAAUACUUGGAAGCUCUGUUGCGGGAAUGUAAGAAAGAGGAAGCUGCUCCUGUUUUAAAUGAUGAUGCUCUCAAUGAUAUAAUAGCCCGGAGUGAGUCUGAAAUUGAUGUUUUUGAGGAAAUUGAUAAAAAGAGGCAGGAAGAGGAGCUGGUUGUAUGGGAAAGGUUGGUAUCAGAACAAGGGGGUACAAGCAGUGAAGUCAUACCUCCCCUUCCUUCUAGGCUUGUGACGGAAAAUGAGUUGACAUCAUUCUGUGAAGCUAUGAAGGCAAUUGAAGUUCCUAAACCUGUGGUAGUGCCUGGUGUUGGGGGCAAAAGGAAGGGUGAACUUGGAAACUUGGACGUUCAACAUUAUGGAAGGGGAAAGCGUGCAAGAGAGGUGCGUUCUUAUGAGGAGCAAUGGACAGAAGACGAAUUUGAGAAAUUGUGUCAAGCUGAAAAUUCUGGUUCUCCUAACCGUAAGGAAGAACCGAAAGAACGAGAGUUGGCUAUUGUGAAGAGUGAAUCUGGUGUGGUUAUUGGUUCAGAAGGUGCAGGGUUGCCAAAUGUGAAGAGUGAAUCUGGUGUGGUUAUUGGUUCAGAAGGCACAGGGUUGCCAAACAUACAGCCAUUGCAACCUACUGCUGAUUCCACUGUUCAACAAAUGAAGGAUCUAAAUACGCCAUCAAAGCGGGGUCGUGGAAGGCCCAAAAAGAAUCUGACAGGUGUUUCUCCAUCUUCAGUUGGUCGUCCGGCUUCUCAAGGACAUGUUACUUCAACAGCUAAACCUGUUACUCCAGCUGUUAAUCCAUUAGGUAUUCAAAUUCUUCCUAGCCCUGAGGUGACGACGACUAGCCCUAGAUCAAACCCAAAUGAUACUAAUGUAACCCUGGCAGUGCCUCCAGGUUUUCAACCAGCGGCCAGUCAUCCUCCAGGUUUUCAACCACCGGUGACUCCUGGUUAUAAGUCAAUGACCACUCCGCCUCCAGGCUAUCAGCCAAUCAGCGCUCCUCCUGGUUAUCAGCAAAUAACCCCUCCACCCCCUGGAUUUCAACCAAAAUUCAGUUCUUCUCCUCCUCUGAUGGCUUCUCAGGAAACAGAUUCUCUUGUAUCUUGUUCAGCAAACCCUACUCUGGGUCCGAGUUCCCUAUCAACCACUAGUAAUCAUGCAGGAUCCCAGUCAACCACCACUGUACCAGCUUCUCAGUCCAAGUCUACACCUCAUUCUAACAUCAUGGCCAGCACUGUUGUUCCUCCUGGAAUUCUUUCUAGCCCUGCCUCACCAUUGGGUCCUGUCUCUAUGCCAAUGCUAUCCCCAACAUCACCCAACUCUCGGUCUGCAAUAUCUCCUAUAGUCACACCUGGGAGAGGCAGGGGUCGGGGUCGAGGUCGCGGUCGGGGUAGAGGGCGUGGCCAAAUAAUCGAAAGUGAAGUCGGUGUGCCUCAACGUAGGGGAAGGAAGUCGCCUAAUGUGGUAUUAGCUAUUCCAGGUCUUCGAACCUCUUCUCUUGCCAGCGAGCCAGAAACAAACUCUCUGUUGCCAUCUACUGAUUCGGAAACAGCUGCUGAACUUUUGGUAUCGACCUCAACUGCUGAAAAUGUUGCCAGUAACACACCAGUUUCAGCUUCCCCUGUUAAUAUUCCUGUAAAUCUAUCCCACAGACCUGAUAUAGCAUCACCAAGGACACCGGUUCCCAUUGCAUCUAUAGCUACGUCUUCUGUAUUAAUAGACACUAGUGAGACUCUAAUGGAUCCGGAUGCAGGGACUUUGCAGACACCACUUUCUGAUUCUAUUGGUUCGAAGUCCACUGAAGUUGGAAUUUUGAGUUCUCAAACAGCUAUGCCUCUUGUCACUGCUCAGAUUGGCUCUCAUUCUAUGUCUUCUAAUCCUGUGUUGAAUCAAGGUAGAGGACGAGGUAGAAAGGCGGUUCACGGUGGAAUCGAGGCACCCCGUCGCAGAAGAAAGGAGGAUGCGGCAGACACUCAGGAGCAGAAGUCUAAUGAACCCGUUCAAAAGAGAACACGAGUUUCUUCUGGUAGAAAAACUAUUGCUACAAGAAGUAUGCUACGUCAUGAAGCUCAGAAGAGAACUGAUCAAGCUUCUAUAACUGAUGAUCGUUCUACUCGUGUUUCUUCAUUGGCCGAACCAACAGUGAACUCUACCUCGCAUGCGAAAGAUCAAUCCAACACAUUAGCAGAGAUUGAUGCGAGCACAACAGAUGGUAGCCCAAGUACCCAGGGGAAGAAUGUUGUGGAGCAAAAAAACAUUUUAGUGGCAAAAGAAUCAGGGAAAAAGACUCGUGACAUUGACAUUACCAAGUCCAAAGAAGAAACGCAUCCCCAGAAAUUACCAAUUUUGGAGGUGCAAGGGGAAAUAGAGUCUAAACCUGAGUCCCUUGAGAUGGGAGAGUCUAAAACUAAUAAAAAAGAGAAGUUGUCUCAUGUUGAGGAUAGUUUUCCUCAAAAAGUGGAGCCCUUCAAAGUAGAAGCUGAUCAUAAGGAUCGAGUGGCAGCGUGCAGUGCAUCGGAAGACGCUAACACGAAUAAUAAAAUUGAUGUUGAUGCCGCCAUAGAUGAACUUUCUGCUGAAAACAAGAGUGAAAAAGAUGACCCUGUAAUCGCGGUUGGAGGCGUUCUGGAGGCAGUGGAAGCCAACCCUACAGAAGAAUCCAAUGUACCUUGUCUUGGAGCAAGUGAAGUGGUGGACGCCAUUGAAAACAUUGCGGUUGAAAUUGUUCAGAAGCCAUCAUCUCCUGUUCUGCAGAGUGACACUGAGUGGGCGGAUUCCACCACAUCCUCUGAAAAGAUGCCAAAGAUCUCCCAGGCAACAAUUGAGCUUGAGAAAGAACAAGUGGCUACCGAUCCUUUCAUGGAAGUUGAUGAUGAUUUAAACAAGACAUCAUCAGAGCUUGCCAAUACACAGGUGGAAAUGGGGUCCAAGUCAGAGUCUCUCGAGAAGGAUGAUUCUGAACCCCAUAAGGAAGCUGAGAAGUUCUCUUUUGGUGAGGAUAGUGUUUCUCAAAAAGCCGAGUCCUUCAAAGUGGAAUUUGAGGACAAGGAACAUGUGGCUACCGAUCCUUUUAUCGAAGUUAUUGACGAUUCAAACAAGACAUCAUCAGAGCUUGCCAUUACUCAGGCGGAAAUGGGGUCCAUAUCAGAGUCUCUAGAGAAGGGAGAUUCUGAAUUCUCUAUAGUAGGUGAGAAGUUGUCUUUUGGUGAGGAUAGUGUUUCUCAAAAAACCAAGUCCUUCAAAGCGGAAGCUGAGCACAAGGAACAAGUAGCUACCGAUCCUUUGAUGGAAGCUGAUGUUGAUUCAAACAACACAUCAUCAGAGCUUGCCAUUACACAGGGGGAAAUGGGGUCCAAAUCAGAAUCUCUUGAGAAGGGAGAUUCUGAACCCGAUAAAGAAGCCGAAAAGUCAUCAUUUGGUGUGGAUAGUCUUUUUGAAAAAUCCGAAUCCUUCAAAGCUGAAGUUGAGCAAGAGGAACACGUAGCAGAGUGCAGUGCUUCAGAUGAUGUUGGCGAGAUUAAAAUAAUAGAAGUUGAUGCUACCAUAAUUGAACUUUCUCCUGAAAUGAAGAGUGAAAAAGAUGAGCCUGUAAUCGACGAUAGGGGUCCUCUGGAGGCCAUGGAGGCUUACCCUGCUGAAGAAAUUAAUGUAGCUUGUCAUGCAAGUGAAGUAGUGCCACACCUUGAUGAAAUUGAAGUUGAAAUAGCUCAGGAGACAUCAUCUCCAGUUUUGCAGAGCAAAACUGAGAGGACAGAUGCACUGUUUGAAACUGAAUCCCCUUCCUCUAAAAUGAUCGAAAAGAUUCCAGGAACAAUUGAGCAUGAGAAGGAACAAGUAGCUACCGAUACUGUAAUGGAGGAAGUGGAUGCUUCCAAUGAGACAUCGCCAGAGCUUACUUUUACGCAGGGGGAAAUGGAGUCCAAAUCAAGGUCUCCUGAGAAGGUCAACUUUAAACCGAAUAAAGAGGUUGAGAAGUCUUCUCAUGGUGAGGAUAGUUUGCCGCAAAGCGUCGAGCACUUCAAAGAAAAAAUUGAGCACGAGGAACAAGUGGCAGAGUGCUGUGCUUCAAAAGAUGCUGGCAAGAAUAACGAAUGGGAAGCUGAUGCUGCAGUUAUUAAACUUUCUGCUGAAAAGAAGGAUGAACAGCGUGAGAAAGAAGACCCUGCUAUUGAUAAUGGAGGAACUCUGCAGUCUAUGGAGGGCAAACCUGCUGGAGAAGUACAUGCAGCUCUGCAUAGAGCAAGUGAAGUAGUGCCAGCUGUUGAUGAAAUUCUAUUUGAAAUUAACGAGGUUGAGAAGUCGUCUCAUGGUGAGGAUAGUUUGCCUCAAAACGUCGAGAACUUUAAAGCAGAAAUUGAGCACGAGGAACGAGUGGCAGAAUGCAGUGUGUCAAAAGAUGCUGGCGAGAAUAAUAAAGGGGAACCUGUUGCUGCAGUUACUGAACAUUCUGCUGAAAAGAAGAGUGUGAAAGAAGACCAUGCAAUUGAUAAUGGAGGCACUCUGCAGGCUGUGGAGGGCAAACCUGUAGUUGAAAUUGCUCGUGGCGCAUCAUCUUCGGUCCUUCAGAGUGAACCUGAUAGGACAAAUUUUCUGUUUGAAACUGGGAGGAUAGACUCCCAACGAACUAUUGUGCAAGAAAUGGAAGAAGUAGCUAUUGGUUCUAUAACAGAAGAUGUGGAUGAUUCCAUCAAGACAUUGUUACAGUUUUCCAUUUCACAGGGGGGAAGGGAACUCAAAUCAGAGUUCGAACCCCAUAAUGUUACGAAGUCGUCUCAGGGUGAGGAUAGUUUGCCUCAAAAGGUCGAGCACUUUAAAGAAAAAGUUGAGCACAUGGGGCACGUGAUAGAGUGCAAAGCUGGCCAGGCUAAGAAAAUGGAAGUUGAUGCUGCCAUAAAUGAACUCUCUACAGAAAAGAAGAGUGAAAAAGAAGACCAUCCAAUCGAUGGUGGCACUCUGGAGGCUGCUGCUGAAGAAUGUCUCUUAGCUCAUCAUGAGGCAAAUGAAGUUGUGCCAGCAGUUGUUGAAAUUGUUAAGGAGUCAUUAUCUCCAGUCCUGCAGAAUGAACCUGAGAGGCCAAACUCCACAUUUGAAACUGAAGCCAGUUCUUUUGAAAUGAUCAAAAAGAUUUCCGAGGGAAAAAUUGAGCUUGAGAAUGAACAAGUAGCUACUGAUUCCAUGAUGGAAGACGUGGAUGAUUCUAGCAAGACAUCAUCAGAGGUUAAGGUCCAGGACACUUAAGCUAUUUAACUCUUUUGGGUGAGAAUGGGUUUGUGUAGAACUUUUACUUGUAUUAUUGUAGUUGUGUAGAGGAAUUCCAUCAAAGUGACAUGAUUUAUACUCUUAUAUUUAUCAGUUAGGGUGUUGGGAUUAGUGGAGGCUGGAUUUGUAUAAACUUCUACCUGUAUUGUUGUAGUAGUGAUUAAACGGUGUGACAUGAACGGGUUAGUAUGCGAGCCAUUGUUCAUAAAUGGUUUUAAUUGAUGGGCUCCGUCUUUAGCUAA